GUGUUUUGGUGUUUGAUGAGAAACACUUUGAAGUCUAAUGAGGCGAUCAUGUCUGAGAAGCCAGAAGUGCUGGCGUAUAUUAGCCAAGACGUGCCUCAAACUCGAUGGUCACCGGUGCAUCAACAUGAAUUGACAAUCCCUUGAUGCCCCAAAUUUGGGUAAAACCGAGCAAGUGGAAGUGUUUGGUUCCACACACAGAGCCUCUAACUAAUGUACGACUCCCACGAUUUCGGCAUUGGCCUUUAAUCUGGUCAAAUGUUCAGUGCUGCGAUCACCUACAGAAGGCUUCUAAGAAACAAACAAGAGAUUGCUCUCUCUCAUUGGGAGAGAGAUUUGUGAGGCUUCUCUAAUAUCAACCUCCUACAUGUACUGACCAUUUGUUACUCCCGUGGCAUUAUCUAUCAGCAUAAGAAAUAGACAAGAGAGCGAGACAACAACUCUGCUGGCGAUUGAAUCGAUGGGAUUAUCCCCAUUAAUAGCCUUGCUCGGGAAAGUCUGCCAUUGUUCCCGUCAUGAAAUGGGGAAGUUGUGAAGUGUACCUAAACAACUCUAGGCACGAGAAUUGAUUCUUCGAAGAACUGGCUCUUAUGGUGCUACAAGAGGUGGAGUAAAAAGACACUAUUAGACCCCGAGCUUAAUCAACAUGAGGUGGAACAAUCGCUUCUCUGGGGUCCAAUUUCUGAAAAAUAAGCCGAUCCCCUGAGCAUCUUUAAGGUUCUUGUGGUACAUUCUCAAGCCGAAAACUGACCUCCGAUUGCCAAAACUUGCUGGCUACUAUAGAUUUUGGAAAUUGCACACGUCUGAACCAUGGAAUCCAGCAACGAAAGGCCCCUUCCACCCACCCGCAAACGGGUUCCACCUCCAAUUCCCCCAAGACGGGCCUCGGAACUCAAUCUCAUUCAGAAAAAAAGUCCACCACCUCUCCAUCCCACCCAUUCUUCAGGAACUCUGUUGUUGUUGUCCUCUUCCGACGUUCCAUUGGUUCCAUCAGCAUCAGCCACGACUAUGGCUCAGUUGGCAUCAAGUGCGCCACCCAGAGAUGCUGUUCAUGCCAAUCCAAUACUUGACUCGAGAAAUGUCGACAGCAUGGGGUCUGAAGGACCCACUUUGGCCAAUCCUGUCCAAGGAUCAGGUCCUCAAGACAACGAGGGUAUUGGGAACAGUGCUCAAGACUUACAGAACUCUGAGCAGCACGCUCCAGUCAGAGAUGGAAAACGAGCAACCGAGAAACGUGCAUCCGAUGAGUCCCAAAGAGAAGCCAACACGGCGAAGGAGAAAGAACAGGAACAAUGUGAUAAAAUUUCAUUACCAUUCAAAGGAGAGAGUAAGGAAGAAGGACAGGUAAAGAUGGCUUCUCAAAUUGAGUCUCAUUCCAGUGCAGAUCAUCGAGCAGCUGCAGAAAGUCCCAAGCAAGCAGCAAUAACUUCUAGCGUGGCCGUUGGUCCCGGAGGAUCAGUCAAUGACGGACCAACUGAAGAAGACAAGUCGCGUGAAUCCGUAAAUACUUUGUAUCAAAGGCCAUUAAACGUCGUCAAUGACGACGAAGCCGACCUUGGCAAGAAGAGUAAUAACAACAAUGGCCAGAUAGAAUGCAAUCACGACAGAGAUCCCAAGGCUUCUUCUCAGAAUGAGUCCUUAGAAGAAUACCAUCAGCUGCCAAACGACGAAAACAAGGUUCAAGACGUGACGAAGCAGACAAAAAACGGCAAUCAUGAAUACCAAAUGAAAGGAACAAGACAAGGGUCCAACAAUCACGCAACUGAAAAUGCUCAGACCAACAACGAUGCCAAGCAAAUCAUAUCAAAGUCUGAGAGCAUAAUCGAGGUCAUCGAAAACUCAAAAAGUGCAUCGUCAGUACGUCCAUCCUCGUCUUCUUCGUCUUCAUCAUCAACAACAGCAUCUCGUUCAUCCAAUGAUCUAUCUAAAGCUUCUAAUGACUCUUGCUCGCCUUCCAAAGGAAUCUGCCUUGAUUUGGACCCGAUUCAGACCACAGAUCCACAGUCUUCCCCGAAAUCCGUGUCAGAUGGUCCUCAUCCCAAGACUGAUUUGGAACACGAUAUCGACAUUAGAAAUCACAGAUCUACUCAAACCACCAUCAAUAAUAACCUAGUGCUCACUGGUUCCUGCAACCACUUUUUUUGGAUAGAAAAGAUGGGAUCUCAAGGCCAAUCAUGGCAAAAAGACGCCGCAGACCAGAAUUUCGACUAUAUGUUCAAGCUUUUAAUCAUUGGCAACUCAUCCGUGGGUAAAACAAGCUUCCUCUUCAGAUACGCCGACGAUUCUUUCACAUCCGCUUUUGUGUCCACCGUUGGCAUUGACUUCAAAGUGAAGACCGUGUUUCGUCAAGAUAAGAGGGUCAAGCUUCAGAUUUGGGACACUGCUGGCCAAGAGCGCUAUCGAACCAUCACAACGGCCUACUAUCGUGGAGCUAUGGGCUUCAUCCUCAUGUAUGAUGUGACAAAUGAGGAGUCAUUCAGUAGCGUUCACGACUGGUGCACGCAAAUCAAGACGUAUUCCUGGGACAAUGCACAAGUGAUCCUCGUGGGCAACAAAUGUGACAUGGAGGAUGAGAGGGUAAUUUCGUUCGAACGUGGAAAACAGUUGGCGGAUUCGUUGGGGCUGGAAUUCUACGAAACAUCUGCCAAAGAAAACAUUAACGUCAGAGCUGUGUUCGAGCGCCUUGUUGAUAUUAUAUGUGACAAAAUGUCUGAAAGUCUGGAUUCUGACCCCAGCCUCCUGAAUUCCAACAAAGGUACACGCCUUGAUUCUGCGCAACCCUCCAACGUCAAUUGUAAUUGUUAAACCGUUUCCUCAAGUUUCUGAAUCAUGGAAAUCCAGAAUUUCACUUCGCCUCGAACAAGGCAUAUCAUUAUCAUCAAUCCUACUAUCAUUAUCGACAUCUCUUUGCCUUGAAGAGUCCAUAUUUUUUUUUCUUUUGGUUGAGACAAUAUUUGUGUCGAUCAAUUACAUUUGUGAUUAGAUAAUCCAACGCUGUCUCUCUGUUCCAUCGUGAAAUUGCAAAUGAUCCAUAGGUGUAUGAUGUAAGCAAAGUUCUCAGUUCCAAUCAUCCCUUGUUUUCCAAAAUCUGAAGCAGAUUCGAAUAAAAGAGUUUCCUACUUCCACAA